AUGCUAGGUAUACACACUGCCCCAAAGGAGGAGCUGGCAACUUUCUCGGCCAAGCUGGUGUACAGAGUCCCGCUUAUGGUCCCAGGGGACUUCCUCCCGGCAGCACGUGGACAGCAAGAACCGCCCACGACCAUGCUGACGCGCCUCCGUGAGAAGAGUCUAAUCUUCGACAGUCUGACCAGCACUAGAAUGGAAGAGAUUUCUGAUCCUGCCAUUGGUGAUGUCAAUCAUCCUUCAAAUCAGCUACAGGAUAAAAGGGACCCCAAUUCUGAAGAAGACUGCGAUGAAGAAAAUCCAGGAACUAAGACUGAACGAGUGAAGAAGAAAAAUUACCAACGAUACCCAAAGCCUCCGUACACCUACCUUGCUCUCAUAACCAUUGCAAUCCUUAAUUCUCCAGAAAAGAGGCUGAAGUUAUCCCAGAUUCUGCAUGAAAUCAGUGUCCUGUUUCCAUUUUUCAAGGGGCAUUACAAAGGAUGGAAAGAUUCUGUCCGACACAACUUGUCUCUCAAUGACUGCUUCAUUAAAGUUUUGAAUGACCCUAAAAGGCCACAAGGGAAAGGGAAUUACUGGACGGUGGAUGUGACUCGCAUCCCACCCGAAGCAUUGAAACGACAAAACACCUCUGUCUCGCGUCAGGAUGGAAGGAAGUUUGCAGCCAGUUCCACGGCUUACAUCCAGGGUGGUAUUUUGGGUCUCUCCUCUUCUGAAGAAAACAGCAAAUCGGCAGCGGUGUCAGAAAUGCCUCGGCCUGUGAGAGAUUUCCCACAACAGGGCAGCAGUGGGUCAGAAAGUUCCUUCUCCAUUGACACCUUAUGGAACAGCUUGGAACCUUCUGCACCUGGGACCUCCAGACACUGUGCACAAAUAAAGUCAUCACAUGGGGAUGCGACCCAGCAGAGAAGAUCAGAGUUGAAUUUGUGGCAUCAUCCAGUGGCCUCCGAGAGUGUUCAAUGCUCUCCCAGUGCCCAUCAUAACAUCCACCUUCACUCGCCACUCAGCACUUCAACUUCCAGUCCUUCCUCCAUUGAGGGUGACACCAAUAUCUCCCAACAAGAAUCCCCAUGUAGGCAAGAGUCCAAGCGCCCAAGGUUAUCUGUAGAGUAUGGCAGCUCUACUCCUAUUUCCAUUUGGGACAAUCAUUGCUCCAACUAUCCAGAGUCAGAGCUUCCACUCAGACCCUGUGUACACUGGGAGCUACCAACUUCCUACACAAAAUACCCCCCUCCCAACGUAACGCUGCCACCCAGCAUGAGUUUACCGUACUCCACGUUCUUCCAGCACAACAACCCCUCAGGUAUGUUGUUCUACCCAUACAGGCCAACACAUUAUCUCAGCAGCCCCAGCUGGCCCUUGCUACCCAGCCCUUGCCCUUUGCCAUCUCUGCGGCCAUCGUCUGUGUUGGAUUUGGACAGAAUGUUUCAGGUUGUCCCACCAAAUAAAAGUGUCUUUGAUGCCAUGUUCUGCCCUGCUGGUGCUGGGAUGAUGCCAGGUCUGGUGCGGGCUCGCUACAUGCCCUUCAACUAUUGACCACCAACGCUCUAUAAAGACAGAAAUUAGUCGAAGCUUCUG